AUGCGGUUCUUCCCCUUGGCUCUGCUUUUCUCUGCUUCGCUCUCCAGAGCCAUCAGGAUACCGGUCACCCAGCGCAAGCACCUGUCGACUGGCCUGCCGAGGAGAGCCCCCACACCCGACUUCCUCUCGCCCUUUUCCCCCAGGGCCGACAACACCGACGACGGAGACGGCGACAUUGACAUCAGUUCUUUCCACGACUUGCUCUACAUUGCCAACGUUACCAUCGCCGGCGCUGAACACUCUCUCCAACUCGAUACCGGCUCGUCUGACCUCUGGGUCAAGGGCGACUCGUACCCCCUUGCCAAUGCCAACCAUACUUCGUACACUCUGAACAUCACCUACGGCAUCGGGUAUACGUACGGUCACAUUGCCUACGCUGAUGUAGAGUUCGCGGGUAUCAACGUCACUAACCAGGCCUUCAUUGACGCGAAUCAAGCGAGCAAUCCCAUCCUCUCAUAUGGCGUCGAUGGCAUCGUCGGCCUUGGGUUCACCAAGCUCUCCAGUGUCGAUCAUGCACUGACCACCGCCGGCAUUUCCGACGGGAAGAGCCUUCUCUACAACAUGUUCUCCGAGAACCCCUCAGAGCCCAACUUCAUAGCGUUUUCGCUACAGAGGACAACCGAAUCUCAGGCGGACGGUGAUGUUGACGGGUCCUUCACCAUCGGCGAAUAUGAGCCCGAGUACACUGAUGUCCAAAAGAGCAACAAGAUCUCUACAUUCCCCCAGAGUGACCCCACUCGAUGGACGGUCUUGUUGGACGCUCUUUUGAUUGCAAACAAUGACACGGUGACCCCGUUGACCAGCACUGUGUCUGGUGCUCCGUCCGGGAAGGCUGUUGUGAUGCUUGACAGUGGCACUUCGUACACUUAUGCACCUGUGGACAUCUGUGACACUAUCUACGGACGUAUUUCAGGUGCCAAGUACGAUGCGUCAUUGGGCCAGUGGGUUGUUCCGUGUGAUGCAGAGAUUGACAUUGCUCUGCAAUUUGGGAAUGAUGUUUACCCUCUGCAUCCCAUCGACGUGUCUCCUCUAUACGUGAACGAUAACACCAUGUGUGUCGGCUCGUUCGUUCCCCAGUCGGUCUCUGUGGGGGCUGGUCAAUUCGACUGGCUCAUCGGCGACAACGUGAUGAGGUCCUUGUAUACCGUAUAUGACUUCGGCGACUUCGACUCCUCCGGAAAGAUGGGAAAUCCGUACAUGCAACUCCUUUCUCUCGUCGACCCAAACAAAGCAUCGCAGGAGUUCCACGCUGCCCGUGGCGGCAGUGCAUCUAGUAACAUCGCCUACAAAGCGGUCGCCGUUUCUACCGCCAACGCAUCGGCUCGCAUCUUACAUCCCGGUGAUGCUCGCCGUCAUGGCCUCAACGCGCUUGUCGUUCUCAUCCUCCUCAUCGCCGGGCUCGUGUAUUUCCUGCGCAAGCGCCGCACCAAGGUUCGCGCACGACGCACAAUCGGCCGCUCGAGCCCCAUGCCCCUCCAUCGCACUUCGUCCUUUGGGCCGACGACCAGCGCGGACACCGCCGACAACCUCGGCACGUAUCAGCCCGUCUCGAUGGCGCUCACCGAGGACACGUUCGUGCCCCCAACACCGGCUUUCUCGAAGCCCGGCUUCGAAGGCAACUCCCUCCGCGGAAGUGGCCUGGGCGCGCCGAACAUGAUCGACCGGCCAAAGUCGGUCGCGUGA